AAAAUAAUACAGAGUGGAGUGUUUAUAGUGAAAGAUCUACAACUGGAGCUGUUACCGCGUUUUUAAAAGAAAUAAAUCAAUCUGAAACCCGAUUAUCAGGUCCUCAAAUUUUUGGGUUAGAUAUAGGAGUAUUACAUCAGUAUAGAUUAAAAACCUCACCUACAACUUCCAAGAAACGUCCUCUUUCUUUAAUACAAACAAAAUCAGGACAAAAUAAACGGUUGGCAGCUUUUGGUAAAGAUUCUGAACGAGAACUUUCAUCACUAAUUAAAAAGCAUCAUAUGACUACA